CAUUUCCCCCAGCCGGACAAAGUGCGGGCAAAGGCGGACACGACUCCUAUCGACCAAUCGAUUCCCUCCCCGACCGCCUUCCGCGCUCCGCCUCAGCCAAUGAUUGCCGGCCGAGGCUGGUGCAGCAGCCCACCGCUCCCGCCGCGCAUGGCGUCCCACGCCCACGUCCAGCUGCAGCCCGCGUCCUCCUCCUUCGUCCCGCACGACGGCCCCGGGUCACAUCCGUCCAGCAACCGGGAGUCAACGUCAACGUCGGAGAAGAGUCGCCGCAUCCGCCACCACCGCCCACCCCCGUUUGAGAAACGCCAUCUCGAGCGGUACUAUGCGCGGCAAAACGUUACGAGCCGCAGACCACUAGCCAUGGGCAACCUCAAAGUCAACAUGGAGCUCGAGUCGCUUGACCCACUAUGGCAGGAUCUCGAUUGGGCCAUUGGCCAGAUGCUCAUCAUGGGCUGGGAUGGCACCGAGGUGACGCCCCAAAUUCGUUCACUGAUUGAGGAUCAUCACCUCGGGACCAUCAUCUUAACUGCCAAAAACCUCAAAUCUGCUCAAGAAACGGCCAAAUUAGUCAAAGAACUCCAAACUAUUGCCCACAAAGCCGGCCACCCUAAGCCGUUACUCAUUGCCCUUGACCAAGAGAAUGGCGGUGUCAACAGUCUCUUCGACGAGGACUACGUGUGCCAAUUCCCAAGUGCCAUGGGCGUGGCCGCCACGGGCCGGGUCGAACUAGCUUACGAAGUAUCAAAGGCCACUGCAACUGAGGUUGGGGCCUGUGGCAUCAACUUCAUGCUCGGCCCAGUGUUGGAUGUCCUCUCGAAUGCCAGGUACCAACCUAUCGGAGUGCGUGCUACCGGCGAUGACCCCCAGGAGGUCUCCCAGUACGGCAUCGCCGCCAUCAACGGCAUUCGGGAUGCCGGUCUCGCAAGUUGCGGGAAGCAUUUCCCAUCCUAUGGAAACCUAGACUUUUUAGGAUCAAGUUUGGACGUUCCCAUCAUUACGCAAACUCUGGAAGAGCUAAGCCUGAGCGCCCUGGUGCCCUUCCGAAACGCAAUCGCAACGGGCAAGCUUGAUGCCAUGUUUGUGGGAGGCUGUGGCAUCUCAAACCCCUCCAUGAACGUCUCUCACGCGUGCCUGUCAAACCAAGUCGUGGAUGACCUUCUCCGAGAGGAACUUGGUUUUGAUGGUGUCGCCAUCUCGGAAUGUCUCGAAAUGGAGUCCCUGACUCACGAACUCGGUGUACAGAAUGGAGUCGUCAUGGCCGUGGAAGCCGGAUGUGACUUGGUGCUCCUGUGCCGAGCCUAUGACGUUCAACUGGAGGCUAUCAAGGGGCUAAAGCUCGGUGUCGAGAACGGCAUCUUUACCAAGGAACGAAUCUAUACGUCGUUGAACCGCGUACUACGACUAAAGGAUACUUGCACGUCCUGGCAGUCGGCACUCAACCCACCCGGGAUAUCGCUUUUGUCCAAAUUGCACCCUUCACAUAUGGCUUUAGCGAGGAAAUCAUACGACGAUUCCAUCACAGUCAUUAGAGACAAGGAGAAAUUGUUGCCCCUUUCCGAGUCAAUGCACCAAGAAGAAGAGUUGCUCCUUCUUACACCAUUAGUGAAACCGUUACCGGCGUCAAGCUUAACCAAGAGCAUCCUCCAAGCGAAGGAUGCCCAGAGGCUUGCCCCGACACCACAUGACAGUUGGCUCCACCGGGAGAAGGGAGCCAUCAUGAGCGGUGAGGGCGUUUUUAGAGAAUUCGGACGCUCUCUAGCUCGGUCCCGUCACGGAAAGCUCCUUCAUACCAGCUAUACUGCGAACGGAGUCAGACCAGUCCACGAGAACCUCAUCCACAGAGCAUCCUGCAUCAUCAUCGUAACUGCGGAUGCCAACAGAAACUUGUACCAAGCCGGCUUUACGAAACACGUUGAGAUGAUGUGUUCGAUGCUACGAACUCGUGGCCAGAAGAAAUCCGUCAUCGUCGUGGCCGUGAGCUCCCCAUACGACUUCGCCAUGGACAAGUCGAUCGGCACCUACAUCUGCACGUUUGACUUUACAGAAACCGCAAUGCACGCGUUGGUACGCGCUCUUUGCGGUCACAUUGUACCGAAAGGGACGCUGCCGGGGACAUUGCGAAAGAGCAAAAAGGUGCUGAAAUCUCGCCAGCACUGGAUCGUGGAGGAGUACGACCGUCGUCGUGACGGACACGGGCUGGAAGAGCUUACAAAAGCGGUCGCCCGCGCAAACACGGUCGACUUGGGCCACCUAGAGUCGAUGCCGGCCGCGUGCUUCGAGCUCUCGAAACCAAACGUCGAGGAGGCGCACUUUGUCGUCAGGAACAGUAGCACCCACGCCCUGUACGGGUUCGCAGCCACGUACUCGGUGGACGGGAUCGGCAUCCUUGGCGCCAUCUUCGUGGACCCAUCCAAGCGCAACGUCUCGGUCGGCCGGUCCCUCCACAGGCGCUCGCUGCGGUACCUCACCAGCAAGCGGGGCGUCAAGAAGAUCCAGCUCGGGACUUCGUUCCCCGGAGUCUUCUUGGGCAUCCCGAUCGACGAGGGUGGCGUCAAGAGCUGGUUCGCCAACAACGGCUGGGACGUGCAAUUCCCGAAACGGCUGACGAACCUCAUCAUCAAUGACCUGAGCGGCUGGGCGAUACCGGAAGGCCUGCUGCAGAGCAUCCAGCGGGCGAACCUCAGCUUCGACCUCAUCCACGGCUUAGACAACGCCGAGAGCGUGCUUGGCCACGUGGGCGGCAACGCGAACCCCGAGGUGCUGGAGCUCUACAGGUCCGCGCUGCAGGAGACCAAGGCGUGCGGCAUCGUAAGGGCGAAGGGGCCGGGCGACGCGCUGCUGGGGACCAUCAUCAUCUGUAGACCCGGCAGUCCUCUGUCGACGUUCAUACCGCCUCUGCUCUCCCACGUUGACGAGGGGAUCGGCGGCGUUUUGGCGCCGGUCAUUCAUCCGGGACCGCAGGAUGCGCUGGUACUUCAGGGGCUGACUCUGAUGGGCGUCCGACAGAACAAGGCGCACAAGUCGGCCAAGACGGUCCUUAGCUGGGUGCAAGAUGACGCUUACGAACAUGUCAUGGCGAUGGGAUUUGAGAUUUUGCAGUCUUAUGAGGAACUUACGACCGCCCCAGACAACUGGACUGAUUUGAACUAG